UUUGUUAUUGUUGUGAGAGGUUCGUGGCACAGCUCAUCUCGGCGGAUGUGUCGGUGUAAAUUACGCUUGUCAUCAAUCUCAUAAAUGUUUUCUUCUAUAUGAUCGAGCAUCGUUUUUCAAGAGGAUAUCCUUCUCAUUAUCUAAGCUAAAUCCGGUGCAUCACUAUUCUGUUGCGAUGGAGAAGACAUGGGGGGUGGAGUUUCGAAAUGUUGGAAGUUGCUACUUUCCUCAGAGCAGAGUGGACUGCCACUACACCAUCAACCCACAGCACACAUGGGCCAGUAAUGACUGGAUUGGACUGUUUAAGGUUGGCUGGACAUCAGUCAAGGACUACCAUACGUUUGUGUGGGCAGUAGCUCCAUCCAGCUACAAAGAGGGGAUCUCUGUGAACUGCUGUGUUAAUUUCCAAGCUUCGUACCUACCAGGGCCUAGUGCUCAACAAUACCAGUUUGUGUAUGUGGAUGGAAGAGAAGAGGUUUGUUCUCGCAGCCCUGCCUUCACCUUCUCAGCCCCAAAGCCCCUAGAGGAGCUGGUGACUCUGGAAGAGGAGGGUCAGGGGGAGGAAGUGGGCGAGGACAUGUUGCUGGUCAUUCCCAGAGCCCAGCUGCUGCAGAGACGUCUGCAGGAGUGUUUGAAGGAGCGUGCCCAGUUGCUCCAGGCUCUGGAAGCAGCAGACCAGAACGUGGAGAGGGAGAAAGGCAGGAGAGAAAGAGACAGAAGCUCCUGGGAGCAGAGCCGCAAGGAGCUGGACAGGAAGAUCGGCGAGCUGAAGGAGGAAGUGAGAGAAUAUAGGGAGAAAGUAGAAGAGAUGAAGAAGCAGCAGAAGGAAGUUGAGGAUUUAGGUGAAGCCCUGACAGAGGAGAAGAGAGCCCUGCUGGCUCAAAAAGAAGCUAAUGAGCAGCGAAUCAGAGAGCUAGAGGAGGACAUUAAAGUACUGACCCAGAGAGGCCUGGAGAGAGAGACUGACCUAGAAAGGAUGAGGGAACGGGCCAAGAAGGCAGCAGCUCAAAAGAAGGCAGAUGAGGAUGAACACAAGAACCAGAAGUUAAAGAUGGAUCAAACAGAGAAGGAGCUGCACAGUCUGUCAGCAGAGUUCCAGAGUCUGAGAAGCUCGCUGGCCCAGAGAGAUACACACGCCCUUCAGCUACGAGACACCAUCAACACCCUCACGCACAAACUCAACAGCGCUCACAGGAAGGAGGCAGCCAAUGAAGUGGCUUUAAGUGAACUCCGGAGUGUUCAAGAGCGUCUGAACAUGAGUGAACGCUGCGUGGAGACUCUGAGGGGGGAGCUGAGAGACAUGGUCGCUCAGAGGGACACCGCACAUGCCGAACUUCAUCAGGCCCGUCUUCAGGCCGCACAGCUCACACUUCAGCUGGCAGAUGCCAGUCUGGCUCUGAGAGAGGGAAGGGCUAACUGGGCGCAGGAGAGAGAGACCCUGCAGCAGAAUGCACAGAAGGAAAAGGUGCGUUUGGAACGUCUAAAUGAUGAGAUUCAGCAGAAGGAGGAGAUGUUGCAAGAGGCAAGGAUGGAAAGAGAGAAAGCAGUGGUGGAGCUGGGACGAGAGAAAGACUGCAAUCGGGUUCAGCUAAGCGAGACUCGUCGUGAGCUGCAGGAGCUGAAGGCCAGUCUCAGGGUGGCUCAGAAAGAAAAGGAGCAGCUGCAGACAGAAAUACAGGAAGUGAUGGAGUACAGCCGUCAGCUGGAGAGAAGGCUGGAGGUGCUGAGUGAUUCUAAAUGGAGUGAGACGGUGCUGCUGCAGAGCAGUCAUGCAGAAAGCCCACUGCUUUCUGAUUCUGAGGAUGAGAACCCAGAGGCUUUGCAGGACGCACACUCUUCUGGUCCUCUGAACCACUAUAGUCUGUGUGAGCAGCCCCAUGCUGACCUGCUGCUCCCGGCCACCCCUCCACCUUCUCCUAGACACCCCUCGGGAAUGGACAUGGUGGUCAUCAGCCAACCUGCACCCCUCUCAUCUCCACAUCAGCCCAGUGCUCACACACACGCUCACAGCUCUGAGUCGGAGGAAGAGUACGAGGCCGCUCUGUCAGGAGGGCACAGCUCUGGAGAGGAGACAGCUCUUCUCCUCCCUGACAACAGAGACACUACCCUCGGAGAUCUGACAGAGAGUCCCUUGUGGUGAGAAGCAUAACUGCAGGAACCGAGGGCCAGUGCUGCGUGGACUGCUUUGCACCAGUGGAACACGUUACAAUUUUUUUUAUUUAGAAGCAUUUGCGCUUUAUAUUAUAUUGACAUGAGUAUUUAAAUAUGCAAUUUGCUUUACACUUUGUAUGCACUUAGAAUACACAUAAGCUAUUAGACCUCUUUAUGCCGCACACGGUUUUACAGUAACUUGCACGGAUGUGUUAUUUUACACAUAUCAACUGACAAGCAGAAGAUGUCUUUAAUGAGCAGAUUGACAGAAAGGUUGUAUUUGAGGCAGAGGAAGUAAAGCUUGUUUCUCUGUGUGUGUGUGUGUGUGUGUGUGUGUGUUAGGGUUGUUUUUUCACUUUUGAUUUUCUUGUGUUCUGUCAGUAGACUUGUACUGAUAUAACGAUUAUCAUUAAUCUACAUCAGCAAUAAUGUAAAGCACAAUGUCAUAGAGAUUCUUUCAGGUUUUAAAUGUAAGAUUUAGUUUGGGUGCACUUGAUUUUGUGGGUCUUGUUAUAGAAGUAUUUUUUAACUUUUUUUUUUUGAAGAAAAAUUGUGUGUAAGUUCACACAUUAAAUGAUUGAUUAUGUGUAAUGGGAUACAUCAGCGACUGAUCAAUCAUCCUUUUAGAUGUAAGAGUAAAGAGUGGCACUCUAGAUUUUUUUUUUCAGGAUGUUUACUCUCAUCCUCCUGUAAUUCAUAUGCACCAGAUGUUCUUUGGAGGAAAUCUACUUUACAAUGGAGGUUGGGGGAAAUUAUGUUUUAAUUAGUCACUUUAAUUGAAUUCUUUAAAUUUAAUUCCUCUAAAUGUAUAUUUGGUGCUUUAUCGUGGUUUCAUGCAUUGUAUUGAAACACCGUUUUACAAAAAUGAUGAAAUUAUUACCUGUGUGGAAUAUGUACUAAAACAGACAGAUUAAUACUUAAUGUUCCUCUUGAGGUUGGAGAUACAUUAGACAGUUUUUGCAGUACUGCAAGAAGGAAUUUUAAUUUUAAAGCAUGAAUUGAACUGCUUUAAAUUUUCCCUCACGAAAUUCAAGGAAUCUCAUGUUUAAUUCAAUUUAAUGUGUGAUGGCUUAAUGGUGCGUCACGUGGAUCAUGUGGAGAACAUUAUUUGGCCAUGUCUAAACUUUGCUGAAGCUCAUUUUCUGAGGAAAAAUUCAUAAUUUCAACACCAUGAUUAAAUUUUAAUUACAUUCACAGGGAGAAUAUUUUAAUGCAUAUAUUAAAAAGAUAAAUAAUUAAGGGGGGGGGGGGUAUGAAAAGGUAACAUACAUUAAAAAGUCUGUUCUUUUCUUUUCUCUUUUCAUGUUUUAAAUGUAUUCCUGUUGGGCUCACUCUGCUUGCAGAACUUAUUUGUUUGGUAGAUUUGUUCUUGCUGUUCGCUAUAGGGUCAAGUUUAAAAAGCUCCUAUAUGUUAUUUGCCUUUUGUACAACAUGCCAUAAUCUGUACUGAUUUUAAAAGUGAUGUAACCCUUACACCUCACUGAAACAGGUUUUGUGGUCACUGUGUAUUCAUUGGUCUACUGUAUUUUUUAUUGUAUGCUUGACCAUGUUUUACUAUGAUAGUUUAAAUCUGUAUUCUAGAGCAUCAUCUUAGCAUCAGGAUGUCAGAGAAAAUGGUUCUCAUUUUCAUGAGAAACACUUCACUUGAAAGAUUACUGUUACCCAUCAUACUACAGCCAGAAACCUGUUUAUGGCAAGGAAUAUGUUAAAAUUAGUCCUAAAUAAUGGUUGUUCAUUUUUUUUAGAUUGAAUAAUGUCUGAGAGAUAGCAGGUAAUUUCAGAGCAAUACAAUGAAAGAAUUGGAUUUAUUAUUUGCUUUUUUUUGUGCAGUUAUUCCAUCUUUUACUUAUCUAAUUUGUUUUUAGGUUAUGCCGUUCUUUUCAGGGUGCAGGAUGGGUUUCAUUAAUAAAAUAAUAUAAUGUUU